AGAGUUGAGGGCUCGAAGGGGGCGAAGCUGAGAUUGGGGUUUACGGUUGGCUCGGCCAAGCUGAGGUUCAGGGUCGGACUUCUGAGUGGAAGAGGCUUGUGGAGAGGAAGAACCGAGCCGAGAGCGAUGUGGGUCAGGACGACAAUGAAGUUUGAAAGGUGGACUAAGAAAAAGACUGAGGACAAGGUCAACGUCUGGGAUGCGAGCAGCAGUGAUGUAAACAGGCUACCCAGCUGGGAAAGAGGACAUCUGCUGGCUGGUGUGGCGUCUAGCACUGAUGCAUCUACCUUGUCCUCUGAAGGUGAUUUCAAGGACACUGACAGGUGCUACUGGAAACACAAGCAGUGCACUGGUCAUAUCAUCCACCCCUUCGCGCCUGACUGUGGUCACCACAACCUGCACCUGCACUCGGUCAGCCACUGCGACUGUGAUUCUAGGGUGAAGGACUGCUCAGAGACGACAAAUAGCAGCAGCUCCCAAGAUGUAGGCCCAACCUGUUCCCGAGAUGUGAGCUCAACCUGUUUCAACAUCAUCCAGACCCCUUGCUUUGCGCUCAUCCCAGAGGAAGAGUGUGUGGAGCGGUUCUGGUAUGGCUGGUGCAAAAGCUACAGGCCUGUCUCUGUGGCAGUGAUCCACCAUCCCAUCCACCAUGAGUGUAGAGCAGAUGACCUAAAUGAAGAAGAGGAGGAGGAGGAGGAAGAAAGCAAGCCUCCCAUCCCAACCCAGGUGGGGCCUACCGCCACCACACCUACUGACACAGGCAUAGGAAUGGGCACCAUCACGGGCACCCCUGACUCCGCGGCUCCCAUUACCAUCUGGCGCUCUGAGAGUCCCACAGGGAAGUCCCAGGGCAGCAAGGUUAUCAAGAAGGUCAAGAAGAAAAAGGAAAAAGAGAAAGAUAAGGAGGAGGAGACAGACGAGAAGGCAAAGCUGAAGAAAAAAGUCAAGAAGGGCAAGUUGACUAAAAAGAAAAGCCCAGUUAAAUCGGCAUCUUCACCUCCAGACUUGACCAGAUCAAUAAGCCCAAGGGAGUUGCCCAGGAUGUCAGAGUCCAGCCCAGAUAGCCAGGAAGACCUGGAGAGUGAGGACAGUUUCAAUGACCCCAGGCGGGAAGAGCCUUCCAGCGAGGAUAUUGUGGAGUCUUCAUCGCCCAAAAAGAGAGAGAAGAACACCGUCCAGGCCAAGAAACCUGGGGCAAAGCCCUCUCCAAUCAAGAAGGUCAACAAGAGGAAAUCUCCCCCAGUAUCAAACCCCAAUCUCAGUUGAGGACAGGGUGAAGAAUAAAUGCCAUCAAGCCUGUAGCUGAUCCCCUGCUGUUCUCUCCCCCUCCAACUUGGCUACUUCUGGGGGAAGGGGGUGGGCUCUGGGCAUAGCUGGAGCAAAGGGGCUAGGGGGCUGCAGGGGUUUCUAAAGGGCAGUUCAUCUUUCAAGAGGAAGUCCAUGGGAAGGUAGGUGGGAGGGCAGGGGAGGGGCACUGUAACAGCUGGUUUCUCUGUAACAUCCUAGGCCCAGAGCAGAAGAGUACAUCUGGGUGGGGAGGGAAGGAGGCUUCUCAUCUACUGGGAGACUGGUCUGUGUUAAAUCCACUCUGAGACAGGCUAGACUGUCUGUAAUGACACCCCUAAUAAACAACCUUUUAACCUCUGCCA